AUGGAUGUGCGCACUUCGGUCCUUAAGCAGCUCAAGUCGCUACAUGAUGCGCUGCGUAAUAGCAGUGAUGCUAUCAGAAACGCUAUCAAGCAGGACACACAUGUAUCAGACGAGGAAGCAACUACAGAGGUUGCAAUCGUCCUCGACCUAGUCAAAGAGCACUAUGCCUCCAUUAAUACCACAAAAGAGCUGGAAGCGGAGUACCGUAUCACAAAUGGCAAAGAUGCCAGUGAUAGGAGAGUACCGUGGGGUGUUGCAUAUAUUGAGCCUCAAAAAAGCCAUACGCCUUUCUUUUCUGUCCUGUCGCCUUUGAGCGCAGCUGUUGCAGCAGGUACCUGUGUAGCGCUCAAGCUUGAAAACAACCUCCGUACUCUCCCCUCUCUCCUCCGCAAACUCCUUACCGAAGCCCUCGAAUCCGACACCUUCCUCAUCAUCUCAUCCUCACCACCCGCCGACUCCCUCUCAACCUGCCUCCAAGUUCUCCAAGAGACGCAAGUCGCCCAACCAACAUACUCGCAGCACAUCUCCCCUCAGGGCAAAGUAAUCGCAAUAGUAGACCGCACCGCGGACCUUGCCACUGCGGCCUCACACCUCGUCACCGCCCGCUUCGCCUUCGGCGGCACAUCUCCCUACGCCCCCGACAUAAUCCUUGUAAACGAAUACAUCAAAAAAGAGUUCCUCGAACACGUCCUGCAACUCUCCUUCCGCUACCUCGCUGGUUCCGGCUCUCUCGCCAACGGCGUCUCCCCCUCCAAUAACGCCAGCAAUCAAAAAUCCUCGUCGUCGCGCAUCUCCAGCGCCUUCUCCACGCUAUCCUCGUCAAAAGCCUGGGACUUGACAACCAUAUCCCAAGGCGACAACGGCGCCAUUGUCGAACUCGCAAAUCUAGCUUCACUGCCUCCAAAAUUCACACAACCCAUUCUCGCAGUGUCGCCCAUAACAUCGCUCGAACACGCAAUCAGCCUCGUAGAGCAAGAUCUCGCCCCGCAGGAAUCCCUGCUGGCAAGCUACCACUUCGGCACAAACUCAACGGCAAAGUACCUCUCUCAAUUCGUGCCAGCGGCCGUGUCGUUUGCAAAUGGUGUGCCGUUUUCGCUGCUGCUGGGUCCUGCUGCGCCGUCAAGCCAGGCGGGUCUCGACGUCGACAAGAGAUAUACAAUUGAGCAUUUUUUGCGCCUUGCGCCCGCUUAUGUGACGCUGCCGUCGAAUCAGAAGGUGCUGUUCAAGGUGCUGGGUGGCAAGGAAGGAGGGAAGGCGGCAAGUGAUAUGUUGAGCAAGGCGACGCAGGAGAUCAAGGAGGCCAAGCGCAAGGAGUCGAUUGCAAUUGGAUAUUUUGAGCAGGGCAUCCUUGUUGGCUUGGGAAUUUACGGUAUUCCGCUCCUCACAUGUAUUGGGGCGUCGUUGUUUUUUGGGGUUAGGGCUGGGCUGAGGAAGUUUGCGUUUAUUUAAAUGUCUUUUUUUCGUCUUUCUUCGAUUGAGGGUAUGAAUGAGUGGGGGUGGAUACGAUUUGUAGAUGUAUCAAUCGAUUUCCUUGUGUUUACCCAGGUGAAAAGGAAAGGGUGAGUUGCUACGUGCGUUACUAACCAAGUCAGUUCAUCACCUUGUAUCGCACCGAGAUCCAAAGUAAAAUCAAAGCAUUUU